UUAUUUUAGGAUGAAGAGAGGCUACGGGUCAUAUAUGAAAAGCAAUGCAAGAGACUAAAACUUUUAGAUGAGCGUGGUGCAGAGUCUAGUAAAAUUGAGGCUACACAGGCUUCGAUAAGGAAGUUGCUUACAAAACUCAAUGUUUGUGUCAGAGCUGUUGAUUCGAUAUCUAGCAAGAUACACAAGAUACGGGAUGAAGAGUUGCAACCCCAAAUUACUGAUUUGAUCCAUGGGUAUGUCCUUGCUCUCUUUAUCUCUCUGUUGGUUCAAAUAUCAAGUUAUGUACUGUUAGGUGCUUAGUGUUUUGGUUCUUCAAGCAUACUUGCUUGAGAAUGUAAAAUUAAAAGGUUAGUUCCAGGAUGGUUUGGCAAUUAAGCUAGCUUGUAAUGACAUACGAGUUCGAUGAAGUGAAAGACGUAGUUAGUUCAUUGCUGUUGCUUCUUUUAAGGUGCAAUCUUCAAUAUUUAUGAUCUAUUUCGGAAUUUAUCUUCCGUACUUUUCUGGAGCAUCGUGUGUCAUUUUUGAAAAAGUUAUCAGACACCUUUGGAAGUGCACUGAAGUUUUAAGUGCUUGACACUGGGUUAUCUAUGAUCCAUCAGCUGUUUAUCCUGACGCUUUUGUCUUUGAUUCUGUGAUUGAUUUUAUCUGGGUUCAGAUAGCUUACUUCAAGAUUUAAGAGCAUUAUUUCAAUUACCAAUUUUUUCUCACUUUUCAGAUUGAUAAGGAUGUGGAGAUCCAUGCUCAGGUGCCAUCAGAAACAGUUCCAAGCUAUCAUGGAGAGCAAGGCACGUUCUCUAAAGGCCAACACUCUGCAGAGAGAUUCAGGUCUAAAAGCUACUCUUGAUCUCGAAAUGGAGCUUGUGGAGUGGUGCACUCGGUUCAACAACUGGAUCAAGACUCAGAAAUCUUACAUCGAGUCCUUAAACGAGUGGCUUUUGAGAUGCAUCCACCAAGAACCUGAAGAAACAGCUGAUGGAGUUGCACCUUUCUCCCCAAGCAGAAUGGGAGCUCCACCCAUUUUUGUGAUUUGCAACGAUUGGUACCAAGGCAUGGUUAGGGUUUCCGAGAAGGGUGUGGAAAGUACAAUGCUUGAUUUUGCUUCCAACUUGCAGCAGCUGUGGGAGAGACAAGACCAGGAACAGAGGCAGAGGAUCAAAACCGAGUACCUGAAAAAGGAUUUCGAGAAACAACUGAGGAUGUUGAGAACCGAGAGGGGCAGAAUCGAGCAAGAGAGAGAUGCGUUGUCAGAUAAAACCGCAGUUUCCAAGGUUCCUUCAGAGAGCGGAGUUUCGCCACUGGAUGAUCUGAAGGUGGAUCUGGAUUCUAUGAGGAAGAAGUUGGAAGAGGAAAAAGCUCGUCAGAAGGAAGCGACUAAGCUGGUUCACGACGCUGCUUCUAGUAGCCUGCAAGCUGGUUUGCUCCCGAUCUUCGAGGCUCUGGGUAACUUCACCUCAGAAAUUUUGAAAGUUCAUGAGGAUGUUAGACUCGUUGAUGGAGCCUCGUAGGAUGUCACCAGGACCUUUAGUUUACAUUUUAGGGAGCCCUUUUCAGAGGAGGCCCUAUUCUUCUUCUGUGUACAGUUAUCAUGAGAUUGAAAUUCAGAUACCCUUAUUAGGGUGUGCAGCUAAGGAUAUUGAAUAGCAGCAGCUGCUGCAUUGCAGAGUUGUGAAACAGUGGAGUUUGUUGUGACGAAGGUUGAUGAUGGAAGAUAAGCUGUCCACGGAGAGCGAGGUUUCUUGAGCUAAUGUUGAGUUAAGCCAGUUUUCUUGCAGCCCCUAUUACUAGUUGUAGUCUUUAGAUUUAGGAAAAUUUUGUACAGGGGAAAUUCAUUUGUUGGUGAAAUUGGUUCGGUUGGUUGGACGGGGUGUAUUUAUUUAUUUCUGUUGUUGUAAUCUGUCUUGUUUAGGGGAAUAGUGGGGGUUGGAUGAAAGUUAGGAGACCAAUUGUGUGGAAAUUGCAAAAUUUUGACUUGGAAGUUGGGAAUUGAUUUUGUCUUAUUAGUAAUGUUGUUAGAACCGAACCGGAGCAUGACCCGGUAAUGCAAACGGCUCGUACUUUAGUGGUCCAACCGGCAUUAGACCGUUUAAAAACCGUUAAAGAACCGGUACCUAAUAAACGUUAUCAGUACAAAUAGUGGACAUUUCUUGAUCAGAGCUCGUUUCUUUCCUUCGAAAUUGUGAAAUGGAAAUAAGGAUUCAGUUAGAGAGCCCAACGUUUUUGGUUUAUUUUAAUUUUUUGCAAUUUUUUUAAUUAAAUUUAACGGCUGAAUGGCAAUAACCGGGUGAGCGGCUCGAUCGACUCGAACGGUUAACCGCCUCAGCCACUCAUCAACCUCUAUAUAAAACCGGUCGGGCCGAGCGGCUCGGCUCGGCUUUAAUAUUAGUGUUAUUAUUCAAGGCUGCCUUUAGGCUUUAGGGUUUGUGAGCUUCGUACGACCACAGUUGGUGCAAGUUUAAACAACUCUAACACGGUUUUUUCUAAGACCGUUUUUUUCUUCUGGAAACGCUCAAUGCAUGUGUUCUGAAUUGGAUGGAGUAAACUAAUAAUGUUCUUCUGAUUCAGUAAUGUCACAAUAGUUUUGUGAUCGUCAAGUGUUAGGUUCAAUUGUUGAUAAUAUAACAGAUGUGAUUUAAUAGAGUUAUAGAUUUUGGGGAGAAUACAUAUUACAGAACUGAAUAAACAAACAAAUUAACUUAAUUGACAUGAUUAUAGAUUAGGAUCUCAAAGAGUAUAUAACCCUUUAGGCUUUAACUAAUUCUAAACCUAAAUUGAAACACUUUUCCCAAAUCUAAAAACACUUUCCCCAAAUCUAAAAACGAAAAAAACCCAACCCAAUUUUCAAACUUAAAAUUAAAACCCAAGUGUUGGUAGAUUUUGUAGCGGAGGGAGUUUUCGAAGCAGGGGUGGAAGCGGAGGAAUGAUGGCAAGUUUACGUGGAUGGUGUAGCAAGCAGAAUCAGGCUGGAGCAAGAAUUGUGAUUCUUAACUCACUAGGCGCCAUGUAAGAAGUUGCAUUGAGCUUCACCACUUUGAAGACAAAUAAUGCAGUCGAGUACGGAGAUGUUAUUGAUGGUCUCCAUAUGGCUAGGGAACUAGGCGCACAAAGAAUACAAGUGGGCACUGACUCGGCCCUAGUCGUCAACCAGCUGAAUGGUGUAUACGAUGUCAGCGAGAAAGCAGUGUUUGUGUACUUGCGAGGUGUCUGAACAAAGAGCGCCUGGUUUCGGGAAGUCACAUUCACACACGUUCCAAGAGAAAAAAGUACGCAUACUAACACACUAUCAAAGUUAGCCAUGACAUCCGACUUCCAAACAAAAGGCAGGUCAUGAUAACAAAGGAGCACCCACAUAAGGACUUGUUGGUGUCAGCAAUAGAGGAAGGAGGAAGCGCUCAAGACGCUCAGAGGAUGGCACCAAUAUGGGCUUACUUGUCACAUGGUGUAGUCCCCACCGAGGGACAGGAUGAGAAAAUAAAUUAUAUUAAUUAAU